GCAAAGGGUCGGUCGAUAUUUGCUGGGCAAUGCAAUGCAUUUCUUCGCGACGUGUGGGUCCGUAAGCCAAAGUGUUUAAAACGUUCACCGUUUGUUUCGUGGCGAAAAGGGGAGGGUUUUGCGCAAAACUGGAAAAGAACGGUGUCCAUUAGUGCGAUAUAUUUAUCGGAUGGGAAAAUGUGUAAAAAGUGGUGUGGUGAAGCGUGAAUUUGUGAAUUGUUCGUGCGGUUAUUUGCUGCUGGUGCGUUAGCUUAGAGCGAGAAAUUGCAUAGCCGACCGACCUUCGUGCAAAGUCAAGAAAACAAAGCCCACAGGAAUGGAAUCGAAAAAUGGCAAAUCCGGUCCAACAACCGCAAUCUCUGUCGCGCCGUCGGGCGGUGGAGGUGGUGGCAGCGUUACGGCGGCAAUGAAGAACGGGGUGAAGGAAAACCCGAACGGUCCCCGGGUGGUCACCAUCUACAAGACAGAAACCGGUUUCGGGUUUAACGUUCGUGGACAAGUCAGCGAGGGUGGGCAGCUGCGAUCAAUCAACGGCGAGCUUUAUGCACCACUGCAACACGUCAGUGCUGUUUUGGAUAAUGGGGCCGCAGAACAGGCUGGCAUUAAAAAAGGCGACCGAAUCCUGGAAGUCAAUCAUGUAAACGUGGAAGGCGCUACUCAUAAGCAAGUGGUGGAUCUCAUAAAAUCCGGUGGAGAUACUUUAACACUGACCGUGAUAUCUGUCACUCAGCAGGAGGCGGAACGCCUCGAACCAACAGAAGAUCCCGGCGGAUAUUCGUACAUCGAUUACUCCGAGAAGCGCAGCCUGCCUAUUAGUAUUCCGGACUACAAUAUCAUUCACCGUGGCAACGAGCGAUACGUCGUGUUUAACAUCCAUAUGGCCGGUCGGCAGUUAUGUUCCCGCCGAUACCGUGAAUUCUCCAACUUACAUCAACAACUGAAAAAAGAAUUCUCAGGGUUUAGUUUUCCCAAAAUGCCCGGCAAGUGGCCGUUCCAGCUAAACGAACAGCAACUCGACGCACGACGACGUGGUCUGGAACAAUAUCUGGAAAAGGUCUGCGCAGUGCGAGUCAUCGCGGAAAGUGACGCAGUGCAGGAAUUUCUCACGGACACGGUGGACGACUUGGCGGCGUCACCGGUCGACAUUAAGAUCAUGCUACCGGACCAUGCGGUGGUGACGGUGUCGGUGCGCAAAUCGGCGAAUGCACAGCUCGUCUGGGAGCAGCUGGUACAGCGCGCCAAUCUGACCUCAUACACGCAGCAAUAUUUUUACCUGUUUGAAAUCGUCGAGUACAACUUCGAGCGUAAGCUGCAACCGCACGAAAUCCCCCAUCAGCUGUACGUGCAAAACUACAGUACGGCUUCCAGCACGUGUCUGUGCGUGCGUCGAUGGUUGUUCUCUAUCGAGCGAGAAAUUUCGCUCCCGGUGGGCGAACAGGCGGCCAAGUUCAUUUUCUACCAGGCCGUCGACGAGGUUAAUCGCAGCAAUAUCCGGGCAGAUGGACGACUGUACGAGCUGAAAGCUUUGCAAGACUCGAAAAAGGCGGACGAAUAUCUAUCGCUGGCUCGCACCCUGCCCGGGUACGGCGAUAUCGUUUUUCCACACUGUGCUUGCGACAGCCGUAAGGAGGGCCACGUGGUGCCGGCUGUCGGUAUGAAAAGCUUCCGACUGCAUGCCUGCCGGGAGGAUGGUUCACUCGAGGCACAAACGGUUGAGCUGCAGUGGGCCACAAUUUCACGCUGGGAAAGCGACGAAGAAUCGAUGGCGUUUUGCUUUCAGUACAGCCGGUCGGACAAACCGCCCCGGUGGGUGAAAGUGUUUACACCCUACCAUGCGUUCCUGGCUGACUGCUUCGACAGGAUAAUGGAGGAGCGAGCGUGGGAUGACACGGGAGAGUAAGGGAACGCGUCCGAUAGACGCUUGUCAUGACAAUGCAUUUGAAUCGGCCACGAAAACAGGAUAAUACACCGGUAUGUCACUUCUGAGCAUAAUUGACCUGCAUGACUGGACACCAAGAUGGACCGGCGAUGUUUACGGAUGCAAACACAUCCGCCAAACACACACGUAUUGUUGAUAAAGUAAUUUAUUCAAGGAUCUAACGGAACAACUGUACCAGGG